ACAAGCUGCAGCAGGAGAAGCAGCAGCAGUAGCCGGCGGUGCCGUCUUCCCCGCUCUCCCCAGCCUGGAGGAGAGAGCCCUGCUGUGGGGGGUGAUGGAGCAGCAUGGGCACCCUUCCUAUAGCACCCGCAGCCCUGCCUGGGAGGAACUGGAGUCCGAGAAGAUGGCCGGGGCCGAGGCGAGGAUGAGCGGGGCCGGGCUCCAGCAGCAGCCCCAGCCCCCGGCGGUGGGAACGGCGGCGGUGGGAGACGAGUCCUCGGACAGCGAGGGGGAGCACGAGGGCCCCCAGAAACUCAUCCGGAAAGUGUCCACUUCGGGCCAGAUCCGCAGCAAGACAAGUAUAAAGGAAGGGCUACUAUUGAAGCAAACAAGUUCUUUUCAGAGGUGGAAAAAACGUUAUUUCAAACUUCGAGGCCGUACCCUUUACUAUGCCAAGGAUUCAAAGUCUCUAAUAUUUGAUGAAGUUGACCUGUCAGAUGCCAGUGUAGCUGAAUCGAGCACAAAAAACGUCAACAACAGCUUCACGAUAAUCACUCCAUUCCGGAGGCUAAUAUUGUGUGCUGAGAACAGAAAAGAGAUGGAGGACUGGAUCAGCUCACUGAAGUCUGUACAGUCUAGAGAACAUUAUGAGACCGCACAGUUUAAUGUGGAACAUUUCUCAGGGAUGCAUAACUGGUACGCCUGCUCCCAUGCCCGACCUACCUUCUGUAAUGUGUGCAGAGAGAGCCUCUCUGGAGUUACUUCUCAUGGCCUGUCUUGUGAAGUGUGUAAAUUUAAAGCACAUAAAAGGUGUGCAGUCAGGGCAACAAAUAAUUGCAAGUGGACUACGUUAGCCUCCAUUGGGAAAGAUAUCAUUGAGGAUGAAGAUGGUAUAGCUAUGCCUCACCAAUGGUUGGAGGGUAAUUUGCCUGUCAGUGCCAAAUGUGCUGUCUGCGACAAGACCUGUGGCAGCGUUUUACGCCUCCAAGAUUGGAAGUGCCUUUGGUGUAAAGCUAUGGUUCACACUGCCUGUAAAGAUCUGUAUCCUCGAAAAUGUCCGCUUGGACAAUGUAAGGUAUCCAUCAUACCUCCAACAGCACUCAACAGCAUAGAUUCUGAUGGAUUUUGGAAAGCCACAUGCCCGCCAUCCUGUGCCAGUCCUCUUUUAGUUUUUGUUAACUCAAAGAGUGGAGACAAUCAGGGAGUAAAGUUUCUUCGUCGAUUCAAACAGUCGCUAAAUCCAGCUCAGGUGUUUGAUUUAAUGAAUGGAGGACCUCAUUUAGGUUUGCGGUUAUUUCAGAAGUUUGACAAUUUCCGGAUUCUUGUAUGUGGUGGAGAUGGAAGCGUUGGUUGGGUUUUGUCAGAAAUUGAUAAACUCAGCUUGCACAAACAGGCAAGUUGUCAGCUGGGAGUGCUUCCCCUUGGUACUGGAAAUGAUCUUGCCCGUGUCCUUGGUUGGGGAGGGUCAUGUGAUGAUGACACACAACUUCCUCAGAUUUUGGAAAAGUUAGAACGAGCCAGCACUAAAAUGCUGGACAGAUGGAGUAUAAUGUCAUAUGAACUGAAAUUACCAUCAAAGCCGUCUAUUCUUCCAGUUACUCCAGAAGAGGAAUCUGAGGAAUGUCAGAUAUCUGCUUAUGAGGAUUCAGUUGCUGCUCAUCUCACAAAAAUCCUCAAUUCUGAUCAACACUCAGUUGUCAUAUCAUCUGCCAAGAUAUUAUGUGAAACUGUAAAGGACUUCGUAUCCAAAAUAGGGAAGACCUAUGAAAAAACAAUGGAAAAUGCAGAGGAAGCUGAUACCAUGGCCAUUAAAUGUUCAGAAUUAAAUGAGAAGCUAGACCUAUUGCUCCAGGCUCUUCACACCGAAGCCCAGGCUACUCCCAUCCUACCACGGAUCACUCCCCCCAUUGUAGAGGAAGAAGUUGAGGAGUUUUCAAGUGAAGAAUCCUUGUCUGAAAGCAAGGAACAGUUAACAGAGAGCAUUGCAAAGUCUUCCACUCAGAAAAUCUUCAAACCAAGAGAACAGUUAAUGCUGCGGGCAAACAGUUUAAAGAAAGCAGUGAGGCAAAUCAUUGAACAAGCAGAAAAAGUUGUGGAUGAACAGAAUGCUCAUACUGAAGAACAAGUGAACCAAUCCCCUAUAGAAUAUAGUAAGGAAUUGGAUGAAUCCAAAGAAGAAGAAAAAGAGGAAGAUACAAAGGAGUACGAAUCUCAGACAAUUAAAGCUGCACCAAAAUCUCCAGAUCGACAAACAAGUCGGGGCAUCCCCUCUCAUACCGGCUCUUUCUCUGCCCCAGCUGUGGCAGCUGGUAAAGAAAACCUCCCUGUACUUAACACCAGGAUAAUCUGCCCAGGUUUAAGAGCUGGAUUAGCUGCCUCUAUUGCGGGGAGUUCAAUUAUCAGCAAAAUGUUACUUUCAAACAUUGAUCCAUUUGGUGCUACUCCAUUUAUUGACCCUGAUCCAGAUUCACUGGAAGGAUAUUCAGAAAAAUGUGUCAUGAACAACUACUUUGGAAUUGGAUUAGAUGCAAAAAUUUCAUUAGAAUUUAAUAAUAAACGAGAGGAACACCCUGAAAAGUGCCGAAGCCGGACGAAGAACAUGAUGUGGUAUGGGGUGCUUGGUACCAAAGAGUUACUGCAAAGAACCUAUAAGAACUUAGAACAAAAAGUUCAGCUUGAGUGUGAUGGACAAUACAUCCCCCUCCCCAGUCUUCAAGGCAUAGCUGUGCUUAACAUUCCAAGCUAUGCUGGUGGGACUAAUUUCUGGGGUGGAACCAAAGAGGAUGAUAUAUUUGGGGCACCAUCAUUUGAUGACAAAAUCUUAGAAGUUGUCGCGGUAUUUGGCAGCAUGCAGAUGGCAGUUUCAAGAGUCAUCAAAUUGCAGCACCACAGAAUAGCUCAGUGUCGGUCAGUAAAGAUCACCAUACUUGGAGAUGAAGGGGUACCAGUGCAAGUAGAUGGAGAGGCAUGGAUCCAGCCCCCAGGAGUUAUUAAAAUUGUACAUAAAAACAGAGCUCAGAUGCUAACACGAGACAGAGCUUUUGAAAAUACCCUAAAGUCUUGGGAAGACAAACAGAAGUAUGAUUCCUGCAAACCUGUCCUUCGAUCUCACUUGUACCCUCAACAGGCUGUUGAGUUGGCUAUGGAAGAAGAAGUUGCACAGAUCCAGCUGUGUUCACAAGCUGCAGAAGAACUUAUUACCAGAAUCUGUGAAGCAGCAAAAAUACACAGCCUGUUGGAACAGGAGCUGGCUCAUGCUGUCAAUGCGUGUUCACAUGCAUUAAAUAAAGCCAAUCCAAGGUUUCCUGAGAAUCUUACCAGAAAUACUGCCAUUGAAAUAGCUGUCAAUGUGAAGGCACUACAUAAUGAAACUGAAUCUCUACUAGUAGGAAGGGUUCCUUUGCAACUGGAUCCCCCCCAUGAAGAGCUGCUGUCUGAUGCAUUACACAGUGUGGAGACUGAACUGAGAAAACUUGCUGAGAUUCCAUGGCUUUAUUAUGUUUUCCAACCAAAUGAUGAUGAGGAUCCCCCUCUGGAUUAUUCUAAGAGAAACAACAGAAGUACAGUAUUUCGCAUAGUGCCAAAGUUUAAAAAGGAAAAAGUCCAAAAGCAUAAGAGCAGCCCUCAGCCUGUUCAAAAAUGGGGCACAGAUGAAGUUGCUGCUUGGCUGGAUCUGCUCAGUUUGGGAGAGUACAAAGAAAUCUUCAUCAGCCAUGACAUCCGAGGCUCUGAGCUUUUACACCUGGAAAGGCGAGAUCUUAAGGACCUGGGGAUAACGAAAGUGGGUCAUAUGAAGCGAAUUCUCCAGGGAAUUAAAGAGCUUGGCAAGAACGCUCCCUUGUCUGAAGUGUAACAAUACUGGUGCUAUCCUUGUAAGGAGGGAGAAUUGCUAGUUAGCAAAGUGGAGGCACUUUGCUGUCUUUGUAGUUUACUAUAUGGUUGAAUAAGCACUGGUGUACUAUGCAGGUUAAUAUAUCUGCAUUCUUGUGUGGUGAAGAGCUUGACCUGAGAAUCUGAACGGUUUUGUGCCAAAAAAAAAAAAAAAAAAAAAAGUUAUAUGUUCUGUGAAGACCUUUUCUUAGUGUGCAAACUUGGCAAGUUCAAGUAAGCACAUUUUGGUAAAGAGGUUGGUAUAUAGUGAACUGCACUGCCUGGAAAAUGUAAUUAAGUUAUGAUUGCUUUCCUUACAUAUGGCCCAGUACAGCUCUCUUACAAUGCAGCAACAUAUCACUGUAGAGCCUGAGUUUGCCUGAUUAACUUUCUGAGGCACAGCUUCCCUAAAACAUUUUGUACAGAAGACUGAGAGAUGGAACGUUCCUGGUUUUGCUUGCAAGACUGACAUUGCCUCAGGUACUUAGCACUCACUGGCCAAGGAGUAUGGUUACAGACACCACGAAUGCAAACUAUAAUGCAUGGUGUACGUGUCUGAAUCGUCUGUCUUUCUGUUGCAUGACAUAUCUGAUACUUUAAACACUUGAACAAUUUUUAUAUCAGUUUUAAUAAGAUUUAAUUUAUUACUACUUGUGUGUCUUUUAUUUGGUUACAGGCACUUUUCUAUUCUUCAGUGUUGUAUUUUACCUGAACAUGUUAUGUGGCAAAGGACUUGUGGAUGUGAACACUUAGCAUCUGUGCCAUAUUUAGCAAAUGAUGUGCAUUAUAUAUAAUUAACACAUUCUAUAGUUAGGUUUUAAAAUUACCCAUGUAGAGUAGGUAUAUCAGGUAAUUAAUUCCUGUGUUUUGGAGAGACAGGUACUUCACAAAAUUAUCAGUCAGCUUCCUAAAUAGAAAAUUAUGAGAGAGUUUUCUUAUGGCGCAUUUUAAUGUAGCUAGUCAGUUACCUUGAAUAUCUGUACUAUAUUUUAUUUAUUAUGCAAAAAGAGGAUUAAAAAGGUUAGUGAAACAUUUUUAAAAAGCUAGAAAUAAUUUAAUGUUAUUUACUAUGUGUAUAAAAUGUUUUAAUGUUAUAGCUGAUUUGAUUUUGUGAGGUAAACUUCCCCAGUCUCAUACAAGAACUUAGCCAUGUGCACCAUUUUAAUAUUGUUUUUUAAAGGUUCAUUAAAUACCAAAACAAUGUACACAUCUACUCUACAUAUCUAUAUUCAAUCUGUUUCUUAUCAGUACUACUGCACUGGUAAAUCAUACAUAUGUAGUAACAAUGGUAACCCUUUCCCAAGAAUUGUACACUACGCAUGCUUAGGUAAAUCACAUGCAAAACAAUAAUACAGAGUGUAAACAGGUUCACUUAGAAUUACUCUGAUACUAAACAUUUCAUUAGAACAGGGUUUAUGCAAUUCAGUUGGGGUGCAUCUAAAAAAGACGUCAUUUUAUAAUUAAUUGAGUUCCCAGAUCAUUUUUCACCAAGUAUUUAUCUAAUGGGAAAAGAAUUUAAAUAUCUCUGGAGAUAAAAACUACAGUAACACUACUUAAAUAAUUAGGAUAUCUUGAUGAUUCACAACUUGGGUAUAGUUACACAGUAAGGACUUCUCUAUACUGAAAACUUACAUCAGCAUAACUACAUCUCUCAGGAAUGUAAAAAAUCCACAACCCUGAGAGACUUAGCUAUGCCGACUUAACCCCUAGUGUAGACAGUGCUAGGCUGACGGAAGAAUUCUUCUGUCAACCUAGCUAUCGCCUCUCAGGGAGGUGGAUUAACUAUAGCAACAGGAGAACCACUCCUGUCACUGUACGGAGUGUCUACACUGAAGUGCUACAAGAGCACCUGGAGCCUUUUAAGUGUAGACAUACCCUAACUGAGCUUGUAUAAAAUGGAUACCUCCUUGCUGUUUGCAAGAAUGCAGCAUGCCAG